CCAGACACCCUCCAGCUCUUGACAUCCCCAUCCGCAGCCGCCACCCCGUCCGCCAUGGCUGCCGAACACGAUGCCUUUCACCCAGUCGAUACCCUGGCGAACACGGCCAGCACCAUCCUCCAAACCACCGCCUGUGGCGCCAUUGUCGCCGGUGUGCAGAACACUUUAAGGAAGCAGAAUGUAGGCGCCAUGGGUAUCAUCACCCGCUCAGGACACAUAAUUGCGACAUUUGCCGGUGUUGGUGCCUUUUAUCAAUUCUCUCGUGACUCUGCCGCCAACCUCCGGUCAAAAGAGGACGCAUAUAAUGAAGCAAUUGGCGGUUUCAUGGGAGGCGCAGUAGUAGGUCUAGCGAGAAGACGCAUACCGGUGAUGCUUGGAUCUGGGGCUGCAUUGGCUGUGGUCAUGUCAGCGUUCUACUACACCAAGGGAUUCAGAGGAUAUAGAUAUGGACAGGACCUAGAGGAAGAUGAGGUUGAGCGAAAGGAGCGAAUGAAGAAGCUCCGCCGGCGCCCGAUCCAAGAGACCAUUGAUCAACUGGGCGAGGGCCGGGGUAUCUAUGCACCAGGGUGGGAGGAGAGACGACGAGAGCGAUUGAUGAAGAAGUACGGCGUCGACGUAGGUCCGUACCAGUAAGCGCAGCCACAGCAGCCAAUACCUUUUCCUUGGAGUCUAGUCAAGCAAGAGCAAAGGCUGACCACAGAGAUCUAAGCCUCCACUGGCUUGUGUAUAUAUUGAUCCAAAAUCGAAGAUCCGCAAUUGCAGACGCCGUGCGCAGUUUCGUGGCACAAAGUUCACA